AUGAUAGAAUAUCCUAACUAUGAUUCAAAGGUGAAUUAUCUUUUAGAAUCAAGAAAAAUAUUUUUAUUUAAUUAAGUCUUACAACAAAAAAUUCAGAAUAUCAAAGAUCAAAAUAGUUUAUUGGAACAACAAUUAAUUCAACCUUAAAAGAAAUAGAGAAGAAAAGCAAAUGAAAUUUCUAAAAUAUAUAAAUGUACUUAGUGUGAAAAAUCAUAUGGGUCAGAGGCAUCCUUAAAUCUCCACAGUAAAUUAAAACACCCAAUGAUUGAAUCAGAAUCAAAAACAUAAAUUGAACAAAGUUUUUAAAUUUGA